AGGGGCUCCUUAAUAUUUUUCCCACGGGCCCCGGUGUACGCCAAUGUAGCCAUGAAAGACAAUUUCUUAUUACACUCUAGCAGCCAAUUGGUACAAGGUUUCUUAUUUUCUAUGCAUUCGUCUAAAAGUUUUCUGAAAGAAAUAUACUCACAAGUGUGGCCGCAUGCAGGAGCGUCAUACACGCUGAUGGAAAUGGGCCAAUCGGAAUUUUAGGUGUAACAUGAAGCCAUCCCCAAAACUGGGCCACUAUCAGGACUCCGUAAUUUGUAGUCGUAAGCAGCUGUAUAGAAGUGAAAGAGAAACAGCCUUGGAAUAAAAGCGAGCGAGCGAAAGGCGCGGGGGGUAGUCUUGCUGGAUGCGUUGGAAAAAACAAGGACGUCUACAGGGCGACGUAUUUUUGCUUACUGUGGAGAUGCCCCUGUUAUGAAAUGUGGUCAGAGUGCGGGUCUGCACAAACAGCCGAAGGAUGCUUUCAGUUGUCGGUGAGAAAGCACCGCGGGUCUGCUGACUGCAGCGGGGCUCCACACCGCAGGCAUCACAGCGCCACGGAGAUGCGAGGAUGCGCCUACCGCAUUAGCAGCACUGCUUGCUCGCGAGCCGACAGCAUUAAACAGGUAGAAGAAGAGAAGAAGAUGACGCCCGUGAAAAGGAGAAAAAUAACACAGCUUUAGCAUGGCAGUCUCAUAAGCCCCUGACGUCUUCACACGAAAACUUCCAAGGGUACCGGCGAUCAUGGGAUCGCAAGUGUUACAGACUCUCAGACAGGGGGUGUGGGCAUCACUGACCGGCGGCUGGUAUCACGACCCGGAGCAGAACAAAUUCAACAACUCUUGCCAUCUAUACCUAUGGAUCUUUUUAUUGAUGCUGCCUUUGUCGCUCCACUUGGCACUACCUCCAAACACGGUUGCACUUGGCAUUUAUUGCAGUUCUGUGACCAUCUUCUUUAUCUUCAUUAAGACAGUCAAUUAUCGCUUGCACAUGAUGUUCGACAAUGAAGAAAUAGUGUCACAGCAGAGCAUUUCAGAUACGGCCAAAGGCAGAGACAAGAACUCGAUGAGUUCCGAUCCUUGUUUCAGCACUUGUCCAAGAAAGACAAGCACUAAUGAAGAUGUGACUCUGAGUGAACUCACCAAGCCUGUUAUGAGCCACGCAGCAAACUGCACUCCUAAACAUUCGGAUGUACAGCUCGAGAGCGCUGGUGUGUUGCAGAUGCCAAAGACAGAAGACACAAAAGACACAGAAGGAAAUGGUGAAAUUUCAUUUCAAGGAAAUACGCUAAGCAAAGCAGUUGAAAUGGAACCAGAUGUGCAGAACAUGGUGAGCAAGACUGUCUUGGACAAUGCGUUGGAGGACUGUGAAGGUUGCUGCCCUGAAUGUAACUCUCAGGUAGACGGCAAACUAACCGACAAAGAAAAGCCUUGUCCUACCAAGGGUGACAAUGACACUGAGGAGUUGAAGUUGAUCCCAAAAUAUGAAUAUGAUUCAAAUAAUAACUCGGUUGAGCCAAGUCAAGGUUUACAGGAAAACAAACUUGAUGACCAUUAUUGUUCAGAUGAAAGUUUGGUUGUAUUUAUGGACAACGCACAGGCAUCGAAUCAACUCUGUAAUGGUGAUACUGUGAAAAUCAUCAUCACAGUAAGUGGUGAUACCCAAACGUCUGGGGAAGUGGAAGAGACAGUUAGGCAAAAUGAUUUGAACUCUGCUCAUAUUGAGCUCAAGGAAGACUCUGAUGACUGUUUCAUUAAGAUACCAGCAAUCACUCUGGAAUUGUCUGACGAUGAUGGCAUUGCCAGCCCUUUGUCUUUUGCAAGAUCAAGUCUUCAGUUGCCUUCACCUGAUCCAAGUCCAUGCAAGGAUGGUGUGAGUUCUGACUCAGCUGUCCAUGAUUGUAAAGACUCGGAUUCUAUUGAGCAUGUUAACAUUCAUGAACGCGAUACAUCAAUGGAAAUUGAAGAUAAUGCUCCUCAUCCUGGUAGCAAGUGUGACUCCCCAGAAAGUCCUAAUCAAAACCCUGAAGGCCUAUUGCAGAUUCCUAAUCCGUUCAAAGAAGGGAAUGGGAAUAGACAAAGGAGUGGGAUGCCCAGCACAAAAACGCACGUGCGAGGACUUAGCGUGGACAGCGGUACGGAUGCUGUUUUAGCUGUAGAAUAUUCUCAGGGUAAAUUGCAGACCUUGACGUCAUCCAAGUCAGACCUAGAAGCCAAGGAAGGACAAAUCCCUAAUGAAUCCAAUUUUGUGGAGUUUGUGUCCCUUCUGGAGUCAAUUAAUAGUUCCAAAAGCAAUAUAGGCCACCAAACAGAUGUUCUGAAUGAAAACACCCAAAAGUCAAGCCCAAGGACUGGCAGUGUUACAAUGGAAAAGAAUCAAGAAAACAAAAUGAUUGAACAAGGAUCUCGGGAACACAGCCCACCACCCAACAGCUUAGCAGUGACAGAAUCGCCAGCUGCGGUGACACUUCAGAGUGAGAUGGCAGCAAUUUCGCCUCAGAGUCCACAGGCAGACCAGCAGAUGGACUGCGGCUAUGAGCCUUUGCCGUCGCAGACUUCUCUGUCUGAAAGUUCUGUGCUGCAAGUGAUCUGCAGGCCUGAGGCGACCUCAAAAGAAGACGUCUUCAUGAUCAAUACUGUUCACAGAGAACGACCUCAAAAAAUCCAUCCUGAAAGAGCUUUAAAUUUGCCUUUGGGUGCUGAGUUCCUAUCUAAUAAUAUGUGUGAACUCCUUUCCACUUCUUCCAACUCGGCCUCAGCAGGAUACCAGGAUGGGCCAACACUGGGCAUAACCGAGUGCCCAUUUCAGCGACGCAUUGUACCAGUGCGAAGACUGAGACCUAGGCGGACUAGGCCAGAAAUUUAUCAGGAGGAGGACUCAAUAGAUGAAACCUCAGAUUCUACAGUACCGGAAAAGCCUGCUCACAAGCACCACUACAAGUUUUGGGUCUUUCCUGGAAAGUGGAUCCGAGUCUUAUACGAUCGUCUCACAUUGCUUGCAUUGCUGGAUAGGAACCAGGAGGUUGUAGAGAACACGGUGGCUGUGUGUCUGGCUUUCCUUGUAGCAUUCCUUGGAUUUGUGCUGUUAAACCAGGGCUGCUUUAAGGACCUGUGGCUUUUCCAGUUCUGCCUUGUAAUCGCCAGCUGCCAGUACUCCCUUCUGAAAAGUGUCCAGCCAGAUGCUGCAUCUCCAACUCACGGUCACAAUCAAAUCAUAGCCUACAGCAGACCAGCCUAUUUCUGCAUUUUUUGUUGUCUUAUUUGGCUACUGGAAUUGGCUCUCAAGCAAGAAAACCUUCCAGUGACCUCAGUCUAUGGAGUACGACUAAUUUCAUUGGAGUCCCUUAAAACUCUACAAGAUGUUUUAAUUGCUUCCACAUGUUGCUUUCCAGUUAUCUUUCUUCUGGGUCUUCUUCCUCAGAUCAACACCUUCUUCAUCUUCCUGCUGGAACAAAUUGACACACACUUUUUUGGAGGAACUGCUGUCACUGGACUCGCGUCCGCCUUCUAUAGCUUGCUGCGCAGUUUGACGGCCGCGGCAGUGCUCUAUGGAUUUUGUUUUGGAGCAUUAAAGGAGCCCUGGGAUGAGCAGCACAUACCUGCUCUGUUCUCUGCCUUCUGUGGACUGCUGGUCGUGUUCUCCUACCAUCUCAGUCGACAAAGCAGUGACCCCUCUGUGCUCAUAUCACUGCUUCAGUCCAAACUAUUCCCAAAUUUUAAAGGCUGUUCUGGAGAUGACGACCUUGCACUUGAUGAUGGUGAUCCUCUCGCCGAACAUCUCAGAAAUUCUGUGAAGGACAGCCUCAGUUCUGAUCUGGUCGUCUGUGUGGCAGCUGCAGUGCUGACCUUUGCGAUAAGUGCAAGUACAGUGUUCUUAUCCCUGAAGCCAUUUGUCAGCAUUGUCCUGUACACCCUAGCAGGAACCAUUGGCUUUGUUACGCACUACCUGAUUCCUCAGCUUCGGAAGCAUCACCCCUGGUUCUGGAUAUCUCACCCCAUACUGAAAAGUAAAGAGUACAAGCAAUAUGAGCCAAAAGACAAUGCCCAGCUGAUGUGGUUUGAGCGGCUGUAUGUGUGCCUGUUGUUUUUUGAAAAGUACACCAUUUACCCCGCUGUAAUCCUCAGUGCUCUCACCAGUGAUGGCUUUGCCCUCAGCCAACGCAAAAAAUUGGGAAUACAUUGUGAUGCGUUAGUGAUGACAGUCGCUGGAUUGAAACUGCUCCGCUCCUCAUUUUGCAAUCCCACUUUCCAGUUUGUGACGCUGCUCUUCACCAUUGUCUUCUUCGAGUUUGACUACAGGAAAACCUCAGAGACCUUUCUGAUUGAUUUCUUUGUAAUGUCCAUUGUUUUUCACAAGCUCUGGGAUUUAUUGCACAAGCUGCAGUUCAUCAUGGUGUACAUCGCUCCAUGGCAGAUCGCAUGGGGAAGUGCCUUCCAUGCUUUUGCACAACCAUUUGCAAUACCCCAUUCAGGAAUGCUGAUGUUUCAGGCUUUUGUUACAACUCUGUUCUACACCCCACUCAGCCCCUUCCUUGGCAGCGCCAUCUUUAUUAGUUCAUACCCGAGAUCAGUGAAAUUCUGGGAGAGAGAUUAUAACACCAAACGGAUAGACAACUCAAACAGCAGACUAGCGUCCCAAAUUGAAAAGGACCCUGGCUGCGAUGACAAUAACCUGAACUCAAUUUUCUAUGAAUACCUCACUCGCUCACUCCAGCAGUCGCUGUGCGGAGACCUGCUACUUGGUCGCUGGGGAAACUACAGUUCUGGCGAUUGUUUCAUCCUCGCUUCAGACUACUUGAACGCUUUUGUUCACUUAAUAGAAAUUGGAAAUGGUCUGGUCACCUUCCAGCUGAGAGGGCUUGAAUUUAGAGGCACGUACUGCCAACAGAGAGAGGUGGAGGCCAUCACUGAAGGCGUAGAAGAUGAUGAAGCCUGCUGCUGCUGUGAGCCCGGACACCUCCCUUAUAUUCUGUCCUGCAAUGCGGCCUUUUAUCUCCGUUGGCUGGCUUGGGAGGUCACGACAACCAAAUAUCUGCUGGAGGGCUACAGCAUCAGUGAGAAUAACGCGGCCACCAUGCUGCAAGUGUACGACCUGAGGAAGCUCCUUAUUUCAUACUACUUAAAGAGUAUAAUCUACUAUUUUCUACACUCCCCUAAACUCCGAGCGUGGAUAAAGGAACUGUCGGUUUUGGAGUCCCUGCAACUGUACUCGAAAUGGCAUUACAUUGAGCGAGACCCAGCUGUGUUCAGUGUGAAAAUUGAUGAGGAUUAUAUCCAUUGCCUCCAGGGAAUAACGCGGGCGAGCUUCUGUAAUAUCUACUUGGAAUGGAUUCAGUACUGUGCGGCAAAGCAAGAUGAGCCAGUGGAAGUUGAUGAAGACUCACCUUUAGUGACACUCUGCUUUGCCCUCUGUGUCCUGGGACGGCGAUCCUUAGCAACAGCUUCACAUAACGUGUCAAACAGACCCAACUCAUGGUGCAGCCUAGAGUCCUUCCUUUAUGGAUACAACUCUCUCUUCAAAGGAGACUUUCGAAUUGCAGUAAAAGAUGAGUGGGUGUUCGCCGACAUGGAUCUUCUGCAGCAGGUAGUUGCUCCUGCUGUUCGGAUGAGUUUAAAGCUUCACCAGGACCAUUUCACUUGUCUUGAAGAGACAGAAGAACCCGAGGUUCUCUACGAGGCCAUCAGUAAUUAUGAGAAAACGCUGGUUAUUUGCCACGAGGGUGAUCCAACUUGGCGACGAGCUGUGCUGUCAAACCGAGAGAAUCUUCUCACUCUGAGACACAUUGUGGAUGAUGGGACUGAUGAGUACAAGAUCAUCAUGCUCUACAAGCGCCAUCUCAGCUUUAAAGUCAUCAAGAUAAACAAGGAAUGUGUGAGAGGUCUGUGGGCCGGGCAGCAGCAAGAGUUGGUGUUUCUUCGAAACCGCAAUCCUGAACGAGGCAGUAUCCAGAACUCCAAGCAAGCCUUGAGGAACAUGAUCAAUUCUUCUUGUGACCAACCCCUGGGAUACCCCAUGUAUGUUUCUCCUCUAACCACUUCCUACAUGGGAACUCAUAAACAACUCAGAGCAAUCUUUGGGGGACCCAUCAGUCUCGACAAUAUAAAAAGUUUCUUCCUGUCAAAAUGGCUCAGGGUGCGGAAAGACAGCAACACAAGCUGCAAUAGUCCUGGCAACAUAGAAGAUGUGGACUGUGGCGGUGGGUCCUCCUCUCUUAGUAACAACCCUAAUUCCCAGGAGUCUCAAAACGUCAGCUCUCAGGCAAGGAGCAGAAACUCCCAUCAUCGUGGAAAUGAGUAUCACAGUGCAGCCAGAAGAGAAUACAGGAGUCGCUCUGUCCAGCCUCAUCACUCCAGAGCCCAGAACCAAAGACCACCUGUUACGAGCCAAUCCGGCCCAAUACUGGAGAGCCAGCAGAUGUCCACUUCGGCUCAUGCAGUUGUCCAAAGACUUUCCAACAGUCAGAUGUCCUUCAGCACAUCAGUUGCCUCUGUGUUUUCUCAGGUUCCCCGAUUUGCUACUGCAGGUCAGCUGACCUCUCAAGGCCCUCCUAAUGCAGUCCAUCGGCUGAGCCAGGCCUCAUCAACGAGUUCCACACUUAGCUUGCUGUUCGGCAAGAGAAGCUUUUCCAGCGGGCUGGUCAUCUCGGGACUGUCAGCAGCUGAAGGAGGAAACACAACUGACACUCAGUCUUCAAGCAGUGUUAACAUUGCUGUUGGACCGUCUGUAAGAUCUGGGAGUCAUGUUACACAGCUGACAUCUGAACCCUGUGAAAGUGUGGACACCACUAACUAUAGUCAGACAACGGGCCCCUUGGAGCUCAAAGAAUCCUCCUCUCCUGCCAGGAAGUAAAACUCACAGGGAAAUGAACAGCAAGCUGGACAACUUCAAGUCUACUAGGACAUCCCCAUUUAUGCCUUUAUUGUUAUCCAAAAAUUUGUAACAUGGAAAACAAUAGAAAUAGGCGGGGUGUUCUAGAAUUCGGAGUACUUGUUUUUCUACAUCUGUAAUUUUAUUCAGAUAACUCUUUUCUACUAAAAUCACAUGAACUGUGGCAGGCAGAGCUGAAAGGCAAAACAAAUGGGCAUUCUUUAGCACAGUUUGUCUGAUAAGCUUUAAAUCCCACAAGCAAACUUGUUUGGCUAAAAAUAAAACGGCGCUGGUAUUUCACCUUGAACUUACUGCUUCCUUAUGUGGGAUUAACUGUAGUUACA